CUGGAUACAAAUAUAUAUCUGGAGUGUGAACCAGAAAAGCCUCGGAUUACAAAUUAAGCUGGGAGCACAAGAUGAUGCCACGAUGACUUCUGCGAAUUUUGCUGCAGCUCAAGCUCGCGUCCUGGAACGCCGACAACAGCGCGACGCUGAAGCCCGGAAUAAUAGCGUCGAUCCACGCACCCGACUUCCUCCAGCCAUUAGGAAUCUUCCAUAUCCGUUGCAUAGAGCGACUAAUAGUGGAUUCGCGUUAUGGGAUACCAUCAAGGGCAGGGAAGGAACGCGGCCAGCAUUCAGAGUGGGCCAGGUUGACGCAGAGUUGUUGGAUGAGGAGCUACUGGGGCUGCUGAAGGGCCAAGUUGGAGAAGGGCUGAAAUACUUUGGGCGUCACAUGCGGGAAGAUUGGUCCCACGAAAUCGAGCUCGCCCUCCGCGCAAUCUUAUUCAAGUUGUCGAUAUGGGAUCAUAACGCUUCGUAUGGUGCCGCGCUCCAGAACCUGAAAUACACCGAUAGCCGAAGUAAAGGACCAGUAUAUAAACCGCCAACAAAGUGGCAGAAAGUACUCUACGGACUGUUAACUGUAGGAGGUCGUUAUGCUUGGGACAAAUGGGAUGCUUGGAUGAUAGAUCAAGAAGGAGGUUACGAUGAGCCAUCUCCCACGGUCAAAUCACUCGCGAAACUUUCAAACGCCGCUUCGACCGUUCAUUCAAUGGCAGCAUUGGUAUCCUUUCUUGUUUUUCUUAUCAAUGGACGAUACCGAACAUUGGUUGACCGUCUUUUGAGAAUGCGGUUAACUCCACCAUCGAUGCAAGUUAGCCGCGAGGUAUCAUUUGAAUACCUUAAUCGUCAACUUGUUUGGCAUGCCUUCACUGAGUUCCUUCUAUUUCUAUUACCUCUUGUUGGUAUUGGCCGCUGGCGGCGUUGGCUUUCGAGGGCAUGGAAAAAGACAGUCUCUUCCCUUCGUGUAAAGGACGAAGGGGACGAGGAUGCCAAAAACCACGGACCACUAGGCUUUUUACCGGAAAGAACAUGCGCAAUCUGUUAUCAAGAGCAGAAUCCUACGGCAUCGUCGGAAUCUGACGUAAUGGCUGUGGGCGGCGCAUCUGGUGGUAUAAUCGGGUCGGCCCAAACAGAUAUCACAAACCCUUACGAAGCAAUACCAUGUGGGUGCAUAUAUUGUUUUGCUUGUAUUGCGCAAAAGCUCGAAGCCGAAGAAGGGGAAGGUUGGAUGUGUCUCCGCUGUGGAGAGAUUGUCAAGCAAUGCAAGCCUUGGAAUGGUGAUGUCCUUGAAGAAACCCGACUACAUUCAAGUAGCGGGAAGAAUGUCGGGUUUGUGACGGCCCAAAAAACAGACCCCAAUGCUCAGCACACAGAUGAGUCCACGGCCGAAAGUAGUAAUAUGUGGGCGACGAUCGAAAGAGACGAAACGGACGACACGAGUGUCGGUGGUGAAACAGAUCGUGAAAGCAAAUUCUCAUAAAAUAGCCUCUCUCAUGUUUUUGGGGGUCUUUUCGACUGUGUGAGAGGACAUCGAGCGAGUCUAUCUUGAAGAACACGGCGGUUUCUUGGACCCAAAGCUCUUCCCCAACUUAAUGAUUCAAAGGCGAAUUUUGGCUUUCCUACCUUAGACUUCCACAGGCAUUUGCAACACAAUGCUCCGUUGCCAGUUCCGGUGUAUUUAAUGCAUCGCCCUGCCCCUAUUACUCCCGGACAGCAAUAAUCGUCACAAGGAUAAGGAGGCUAUUCUCUGUGUUCGAAUUUACAAUCUGCCUUUUUAUAAUAGACAUGCACUUUGAUGGCCGAUCAAUUAGGCUAAUCGGUGCCCCAAGUUCACCAUAGUCAAUUGUUUAAUUUAUUCACGGUGCUCCAUAACAUCUUAACAAUAAGAUAAGGUUCAUUAUGUGUUAUCCCUUACACCCCUUUGCUCCAAUGCAUCGAAAAGCAGGAAGCAUGACUGCCGAUAAAGAACUUAUGAAAUGAUGGCCAUAGCAGCACAAAUUGUUCCCACAAGAGGGAACAAUCCUCUCACAACAUUCAAGCGGGACCAAGUCUUCAACCAGCUCUGGACCUCAGCCUCAUCUCUAGAAGCCCUCAGUUCACCCUGAACAUCCUUCUCCUUCUGCGCAACCAGGCCCUCGGUUUCUGCAGAUUUUGCCUUGGCGAUUAACUUGUUGUUGGUGGGUUUCAUGAUUAGGAGAGUGAAUGGGACGGGAGCAAUGGUAAACAGGGCGGCGAGCAAGUAGUAGUUUGCAGCGACGACGUUUCCCUGACGAGUGAGUGUGCCUUGCCGGAAGUGGUACGACAAGUAGGUGUAUACUGAGGCGGUGAUCAAGGAGGCGAGCGGGACGAUCGAUUUACCGAUGCCAUAUGCAUGGUGCCAUUGCGAGGCGAUGUGGGAGACUGGUGUGCCUGGCUGGAAGGAAGAGUCGAAAGUACGUUUGCUGGUAGCCCCCGGCAGAAUGAGGGUUGGAACGAGUGCAACGGAAAAGUUGAGGAUGCCCCC